GGGGAGGUGGCUCGCAGGGAGGGCGGGCCCUGCAGAGGGCGGGUUUGAAAGCGCUCGGGCGGGCGCGGGAAGCUCCGGCUGGUCGAGCGCGCAGAUUUCGUCUCGGGCGGUGACCUUCUCCAGCAGCUACAGGGUGGCCCUUUAUCUGUCGCAGCUUCUCUGGUGCUUCCAGCUUCUGCAGCUUCUGGGCUUGUGAAACUCUGCUGAAUUGGGGCCCCUUGAGGCCUGAGGGAUUCUCUCCUGAUAAGCCUUUACCACCUUUUUCACUCUGGACCCUUACCCAGGACCCAGCCUUCUUCCUGAGUCUGAGCUAGGACCCCCUGCUGGGGACCACCCAGGUUCCUUUGACUCUAAGCUUCACACCACCAUCGACUCUACGAAUUUGCAAGAGCCAAAGGGAGGGAGCUUCCAGCCAGGCACAGCCGAGAACACUGGAACCAUGACAACCAGCCACCAGCCUCAGGACAGGUAUAAGGCAGUAUGGCUUAUCUUCUUCGUGCUGGGCCUGGGGACAUUGCUCCCCUGGAAUUUUUUUAUCACAGCAACUGAGUAUUUCAAAAACCGCCUGGACCUGUCCCAGAAUAUGUCCUCGGUGGACAUGUCCCAGAAUAUGUCCUCGGUCACUGACAGAACAAGCAAGGACACCGAGGCCUUGGCUGACCCCACAGUGUCCUUGCCAGAGCGGCGCCACUCUCUCAGUGCCAUCUUCAACAAUGUCAUGACCCUGUGCGCCAUGUUGCCCCUGCUGCUCUUCACCUGCCUCAACUCUUUUCUGCAUCAGAGGAUCUCUCAGUCUGUUCGGAUCUUGGGCAGCCUGGUGGCUAUCCUGCUACUGUUCCUCAUCACUGCCGUCCUGGUGAAGGUGGAGAUGGAGGCUCUGUCCUUCUUCAUCAUCACCAUGAUCAAGAUCAUGCUCAUUAAUUCAUUUGGUGCUGUUUUGCAAGCCAGCCUUUUUGGUCUGGCUGGCGUCCUGCCGGCCAACUACACAGCCCCCAUCAUGAGUGGCCAAGGCCUGGCUGGCUUCUUCAGCUCUGUGGCGAUGAUCUGUGCCAUUGCCAGUGGUUCCAAGCUGUCAGAAAGCGCCUUUGGCUAUUUCAUCACAGCCUGUGCAGUUGUUGUUUUAGCUAUAUUGUGUUACCUGGCUCUGCCUCGGAUGGAAUUCUAUCGCUAUUACCUGCAGCUCAACCUGGAGGGGCCUUCAGAGCAGGAGACAAAGUUGGAUCUCAUCAGUAAAGGAGAGGAUCCAAGAGGAGGAAGAGAGGACUCUGGGGUGCCAGCCCCCAGCUCUCCACCCACCAGCGGAAACCACUCUAUCAAGGCCAUACUUAAGAGUAUCUCCGUCCUGGCUCUGUCUGUCUGCUUCAUCUUUACAGUCACCAUUGGGUUGUUCCCUGCUGUUACUGCUGAGAUCAAAUCCAGCAUUGCAGGCACAAGUGCCUGGGAAAGCUAUUUCAUACCCGUGGCUUGUUUCUUGAAUUUCAAUGUCUUUGACUGGCUAGGCCGGAGCCUCACUGCUGUUUGCAUGUGGCCUGGAAAGGAUAGCUUCUGGUUGCCAGCUUUGGUGGUCGCCAGGAUCGUGUUUAUCCCCCUGCUGAUGCUAUGCAAUGUGAACGUGAAACAGCGCUACUACCUGCCCUCCAUCUUUAAGCAUGACAUCUGGUUCAUCGUCUUCAUGGCCGCCUUUGCCUUCUCCAAUGGCUACCUUGCCAGCCUCUGCAUGUGCUUCGGGCCCAAGAAAGUCAAACCAGCCGAGGCAGAGACAGCAGGAAACAUCAUGUCCUUCUUUCUGUGUCUGGGCCUGGCUCUGGGCGCUGUAUUGUCUUUCUUGUUAAGGGCACUGGUGUGACCACAUGGGCACAGAAGGACUGCACUGCCUGCCUGCUUCCUGCUCAUUUCCUUCCCUGCCAGGGAUGAGCAGGGGUCCAGAGGUUUGCUCUUCUAGCUGACCUCUACUUUCUUCUGGCCUAUGCUUGGCCUGGAUGGACUUGGGAUUGAGGGGUCAGAAUGGCAAGGGCCAUGGUCUCUGACUGACAUCUCUGACUGGUUCCUGCUUGAGCGAAGCACAAGAGACUCCUGGGCCGAGUGAGAUUCGUCCUCUGACAAGGAUGGGGUGGAGGUGGAUGGCUGACUGCCGUAUCAUGUGAUCUUACGUUCCUUCUCCCUCCUUUUUUCUGUGCCUGUUCUCUGUGUCCCUGCUCCUUGUCAUUUUACUGCCUUUUUUUAUACUGACAGAAACCAGGUGCGUUCAGAGGCUCUCUGAUUAAAUAAACUUUUUUUUUUUUCCCUCCA